AUGGCUUCUUCUUUCUCAAUAACCCGUUCGAUUGGUCGGAAAUGGUUUGCCGGAUUAUCUAAUUAUCCGAUUGUAUGCCUGACUGGAUCUUCUUCUUUUCGCACGUUGGCCGAGCCGAUGUUUUCGUCUUCAACGAGACAAAACCCAUCGUCAUCUCCUUGGCUUAUGCUGCCUCCAGCCUUUGACGUCACCGUCACCGGCGCCGCCAGCUUUAGCUACAAGUUCUACAACCCCGCCGACAAUAAAGUCGUAUCCCUCGAUACAGGAAAAAGUUGCCGCCAUGAAAGAGAAUUAACGCACCUGGACAUGUGUUUCGCGGGAUCUUCACGCGGCUGGCUCGCAUUGUUGAGCCCCAGCUUCGAUCUGUUUCUCUAUAAUCCCAUCUCCCGUCGCCACAUAAAACUCCCUCCUGUUCGCGACCUGCCCGAAUUCCCGCCUGGCUCCCCCGUGAUAUACAAGCUCAUACUCUCGUGCUCCCCGGACACACCAAAUUGUCGGGCCAUCAUUUUGUAUAACAGCAUGUAUGCCCUGGCUUUCUGCUGCCCUGGGUUCAGCAAGGAGUGGACCCAUAUCGGCGAGCACCAGUGGCUCGACCCAAAUUCAGGAGAACCAUUCCGCAAUCUCGAAGAUGGCUAUUGGGAUUGUGUCUACUCCACAAGACAUGAAGCACUGUUUACCCUCACGAGAGAUGGCGUGUUGGAAUCUUGGGAUCUUCGAGACCCUCAUUCACUGAGGGCGGUGAAGAUAGCCGAGGUUAGAACCAGGGGAAGAUGUAAUUUUAGUUAUCGGAAACGGCAGCCGCAAUUGAAGCUAUCGUGUGAAUCGGUGGAUCAUCUGAUAGUGUUUGGGCAGGAUCUCUUCGUGGUGACUCAUUUUUGUGUUGAUUGUUUUGAUUUUGAUGGAUUGUAUGUUGACAGCAGUGACCCGUAUCAGGAAACCCAUCUUCGAGGUCUUCCUUAUGUGACUAUUGCUUUCAAGGUUUAUAAAUAUAACCCUGAAAACCAGGAUGUUAAGAAGGUCAAAUCGUUGGAUGGCUUGGCGCUUUUUGUUGGCUACCACGGCGAUUCAUUUGCGUUGCCCGCGGCAGAGUUUCCGGGUCUCGAACCCAAUUCCAUUUACUUCACGAAUGGCCUAGAUGAUGUAAUUUGUCCGGAUGUGCCGAUUGGUGGCCAUGACAUCGGCAUUUUCAAUUAUAAAAACAAGACUGUGUUGCCAUGCUAUUAUCCAUCUGAUGUCAAGAACAUGAGCAAGAUUUUCCCAGGGCCUACUUGGUUCUUCCCAAGUCCUGCAUGA